GGUUCGGAGCGCGAAGCCGCCGGUGGGAGCUCGGUGCGGCCCGCGUCUGUGCUCGCUGCCACGCCCCGGUGGCCGCGCUGGGAGCUCCAGCCAUGCUCUUCUGGCACACGCAGCCUGAGCACUACAACCAGCACAACUCCGGCAGCUACCUGCGUGAUGUGCUCGCUCUGCCCAUCUUCAAGCAGGAAGAGCCCCAGCUGUCCCCCGAGAACGAGGCUCGCCUGCCACCCCUGCAAUAUGUGUUGUGUGCUGCCACGUCCCCAGCCGUGAAGCUGCAUGAAGAGACACUGACCUACCUCAACCAAGGUCAGUCUUAUGAAAUCCGACUACUGGAGAAUCGGAAGCUGGGAGACUUCCAAGAUCUGAACACAAAAUAUGUCAAGAGCAUCAUCCGUGUGGUCUUCCAUGACCGCCGGUUGCAGUAUACGGAGCACCAGCAGCUGGAGGGCUGGCGGUGGAGUCGGCCGGGGGACCGGAUCCUGGACAUUGAUAUUCCACUGUCUGUUGGUAUCUUGGACCCCAGGGCCAGCCCGACCCAGCUGAAUGCAGUCGAGUUUUUGUGGGACCCAGCGAAGAGAGCCUCUGCAUUCAUUCAGGUACACUGCAUCAGCACAGAAUUCACCCCCAGGAAGCACGGGGGCGAGAAGGGAGUGCCCUUUCGAGUCCAGAUCGACACGUUUAAGCAGAACGAGAAUGGGGAGUACACGGAGCACCUGCACUCAGCCAGCUGCCAGAUCAAGGUGUUCAAGCCGAAGGGAGCCGAUCGGAAACAGAAGACUGACCGGGAGAAGAUGGAGAAAAGAACUGCCCAAGAGAAAGAGAAAUACCAGCCGUCCUAUGAAACCACCAUCCUCACAGAGUGCUCUCCGUGGCCCGACGUGGCUUACCAGGUGAACAGCGCCCCGUCCCCAAGCUACAAUGGCUCUCCAAACAGCUUUGGCCUCGGCGAAGGCAACGCCUCUCCGACCCACCCGGUGGAGGCCCUGCCCGUGGGCAGUGACCACCUGCUCCCAUCAGCUUCCAUCCAGGAUGCCCAGCAGUGGCUCCACCGCAACAGGUUCUCGCAGUUCUGCCGGCUUUUUGCCAGCUUCUCAGGUGCUGACUUGCUUAAGAUGUCCCGAGACGAUUUGGUCCAGAUCUGUGGUCCCGCAGAUGGGAUCCGGCUCUUCAAUGCCAUCAAAGGCCGGAAUGUGAGGCCAAAGAUGACCAUUUAUGUCUGUCAGGAGCUGGAGCAGAAUCGAGUGCCCCUGCAGCAGAAGCGGGACGGCAGUGGAGACAGCAACCUGUGUGUGUACCACGCCAUCUUCCUGGAAGAGCUGACCACCUUGGAGCUGAUUGAGAAGAUCGCCAACCUGUACAGCAUCUCCCCGCAGCACAUCCACCGAGUCUACCGGCAGGGCCCCACGGGCAUCCAUGUGGUGGUGAGCAACGAGAUGGUGCAGAAUUUCCAAGAUGAAUCCUGUUUUGUCCUCAGCACAAUUAAAGCCGAGAGCAAUGACGGCUACCACAUCAUCCUGAAAUGUGGACUCUGA